GUUCACCCUCGGGCGAAUGGCAUGCGUUUUGAUCGAUCGAAUGGAGGGAACGGCAAACGGCAAACGGCAAACGAGUUUAUGAUGCAAGUGAUUCCUACUGUCUGCCUUAUCUUCCCCUAUUGUAAAUGGAGAGAUUGUAAAUGUCAUGGCAUGCCUGUGCUUUCGCGCUCUGUAAUAAUGCAGUUAAUCUCUUCGAGGGCAUUCUCAACUCUCUCCUUCCCCUUCAUCAAAUCAUCUUCCUUCCUCUUCCUCUCCAACAUCAAACCCUCCUCCUUCCCCCUUCGCCUUUUGUCCUCCUCCUCGACCCACUAUCCCCUUUACUAUGAGCUCAUUCAUUACCGCCCCGACCCCCGCCAUCCUCACCGCCUUCCAAACUCUUAUACCUCCAUAGUCGCUGCAGCCUCCGGCGACGGAGAAAAUUCAUCGUCCUCUGGCGAAGCCCCCGGUGACACCGACCCCAUGGAUCGUGCCAAACGCCGGUACUAUCGUAAAAGGCAGAGGCGCUUGUACGGCGGCUCCGGUUCGGACUCCGAUUCCGGACGUCGAUCCGAUUUUGUGGAGCUGAAGCCUGAGAUCAUCGACUUCCCUAGAUUGCAUGCCCGCGAGCAGGAACUCUACUUCCACGACGCGUUUGCCUUACCCUGGGAGAAGGAUAAGCACUAUCGAAUGGUGUACCAGCUCGAGAAGAAGUUCUUCCCGGAGCAAUCCUUUGACAAAGCUUUUGUUGACAUAUCCGAGGAUUCGUUCCAGCUACACAAGAAGGGGAAGAGGACGCCUAAUAAGGAUGAGGGAGAGAAAGGGGAUGAGAGAGCCUUGGUUUUCUUUGACGAAAAGAAGGAGAAGGGGGAAGAGAGGAAGGACGGGGGAGGAGAUGUGUCGGAGAAGAAGGUGGAGGAGUUUUUCCGGUCCUUGAAGAAGGUUCCGAAAGCUCAGAGCCGAAGCGAUGUUGCCGGGGAGGUUAUUGGUGAGCCGUUUCUUUCGAGUAGGGGAACUGGACUUCCUGCAAAAUGGGAUGGGCCAUCUGGAACUGUAGUUCUUGUGGAUAAACCUAAAGGUUGGACUUCAUUUACUGUUUGUGGGAAACUCCGACGCCUAGUCAAAGUGCAAAAGGUUGGGCAUGCCGGUACACUUGAUCCCAUGGCAACUGGUCUUUUAAUUGUUUGUGUGGGUAAAGCAACCAAACUGGUUGAAAGAUAUCAGGGUAUGGCUAAAUGUUAUAGUGGUGUUUUCCGUUUAGGAGAAGCUACAUCUACUUGGGAUGCUGAUUCUCUAGUUAUUCAAAGAGAGCCAUGGGAACACAUAAAAGAUCAAGAUAUUAAAAAGGCUGCUGCAUCCUUCCAUGGGGAGAUCUGGCAGGUACCUCCCAUGUUUUCUGCCAUUAAGGUUGGAGGCGAGAAGAUGUAUGAUAAAGCAAGGAGAGGGGAGAUGCUUGAGCUUUCACCGAGGCGCAUAACAAUCUUUGAGUUUGAUAUUGAACGCAGCCUCAAUGACAGACAAAAUCUAAUAUUUCGGGUCUCAUGCUCUAAAGGAACCUACAUUCGAUCCCUCUGUGCAGAUUUUGGAAAGGCACUUGGCAGUUGUGCGCACUUGACUGCACUAAGGAGGGACUCAAUAGGUGAAUAUGCUGCAGAUGACGCUUGGAGUUUCCAAGAUUUAGAAGAUCAGAUCGGCAAGGUCUAUUUAUAACCAUGCAGUAAAUUUUCUAUCUACUUGAGCUUCUCCUCGUGGAAGCUUGCAUGCCCCUGAAUGGAGUUCAGAUCCAGAUCCUUGGUGAACUGAGCUGUGGUGAUCCUAAGCUAGAGGUUUAGUUGGCUCAUUGCAGAUGGCGAAUCUCAUUGGCUGAAUAUCAUCUUUCAUUGCCGUGUGAUUUAGGAACGCUUAUAACAUAUAAUUUUUUGGAAGUUAUGCUCCUAAUAUUUUGAACCGUUAAAAUAUUUUAAUUCUUGCGGAGCGCCGUAAGGCAAGUUUGUUUGGAAGUAAUUGUUUGAAAUUUAUUUAAAGA